GAUAGAUUGGGCAGCAGCAGCUACAUUGUAUCGUUUGACAGAACUAAAUAGUUACCUUGUACUUCAAGAGGAAUGAUUUAAAAAAAUAUCUACUGACGUCGGUAGACAGCCUGUUUACAUAAUUUUUAUUCCUCAAUCAACAUUUUAAAUACAUAGUCAUAUAUUUUUGAAUCUCCAGUUUCACCAGACAGAUGUGGAUACAGUUCUACAGGGAGUAACACACCUGCAUUAAAGAGGGGAAGAGGAUCCUAAUUCAGCGGACCAGUGCAUGACCUGCCUGCUGUACAGACCAUGAUCUGAAGGCCCCGCCACGUGGUCCCAUUCUUCUUCCUUAUUUCCUGCAGGGGUAAGAGCUCCUAGACCAGCUGCCAUAGACAGGUGGAGCGGAGGGAGAUAGAGAGAGUGUGUACGAGAAAGAGUGCGACAGCCAAGCGCCUAGUCGGCAACAGUGCCCACCAACCACCUCCAUAGGACAGCCGUGCCCUCCGACCCCGCCACGCCCCCUGCCCCUCCCACCGCCAGACCGGAACCAUGGGAAGGAAAAAGAUCCAAAUACAGAGGAUCACAGACGAACGGAACAGACAGGUGACGUUCACCAAGAGGAAGUUUGGUCUGAUGAAGAAGGCGUACGAGCUGAGUGUGCUGUGCGACUGUGAGAUCGCCCUCAUCAUCUUCAACCACUCCAACAAGCUGUUCCAGUACGCCAGCACCGACAUGGACAAGGUCCUGCUCAAAUACACCGAGUACAACGAGCCCCACGAGAGCCGUACCAACGUCGACAUCAUGGAGGCUCUGAACAAGAAAGAGCACCGGGACUCAGAGAGCCCAGACCCCGAGGAGCCCUUCUCUCUCACCCCCCACACUGAGGAGAAAUACAAAAAAAUUGACGAGGAGUUUGAUAAAAUGAUGCAGAGCUAUAGGCUGUCAUCAGCCGUCCCACAGCCCACCUUCUCCAUGCCCGUCACGGUGCCAGUGUCCAAUCAGAACGCUCUCCAGUUCAGUAACUCUGGCGGCCUGGUCACCACCUCCUUCGUCACCUCCACCCUCACAGACCCCCGCCUGCUGUCGCCACAGCAACCAUCUCUCCAGAGGAACACUGGGUCUCCAGGGUUACCACAGCGACCGGCCAGUGCAGGUGCUCUAUUAGGAGGUGAACUGAACAACUCCAACGGAGGAUGCCCAAGCCCAGUUCCGAACGGCUACAUCAGUGCCAGGGCCUCCCCCGGCCUCCUCUCCGUCUCCAACGGCAACAGCCUGGGGAAAGUAGUCCCGGCCAAGUCUCCACCUCUGCCCAGCCCUCAGAUGGUGAACAGCCGCAAGCCUGAUCUCCGGGUCAUCACCUCCCAGAGCGGCAAGAGCCUGAUGCAGCUGACCGAUGAGGAGCUGGAGUUGGUGAGUGAGAAUGCUCAGCGGUUAGGUGGUUCUCAAGGGAACCUGUCCACGCCAGUGGUUUCCGUAGCGACGCCCAGUCUCCUAGCCCCCUUCUCCGCCAUGCAGACGACCUACAACACUGAGUACCAGCUGACAAGUGCGGAUCUCACUGCGCUCCAGACAUUCACGCCAUCAGGGCUGCUGCCUAGCAACAUGUCCACCUGGCAACAGCAACCAGCAGUGUCUCAGCAGCAACAGCAGCAACAACAACAACAGCAGCAACAACAACAACAACAGAUUAGCUUGGCGUCACUCAGUAACUUGGUCAUGUGGGGCGCAGAGAAACAGAACGGGGAGAUGGCUAACUGCAUCUCCAAUUUCGCUGCUAACCUGAGCAUGGCCUCUCAAUCAAACUUGCUAUUUGGCAGGGAAGAGGGUCUCUGCUGGCCGGUAGGCCACUUACCUCAGGGCACCAUGCUGACAAUUAACACCAACCCCAACAUCAGCAUCAAGUCGGAGCCCGUGUCGCCCAACCGUGACCGCAGCACCCCGUGCUCCACAGCCGGAGGUGGCGGAGGAGGAGGCCUAGUGACCAUCACAGGGGCCCCUAUGUCAGGCCAGUACCCAGGGGCCCUGCGCCUGGAGCCGUCCACCCUGCAGGGCCGCUCGCCCGUCGGCAGCCUGAGCAGCAACGGCAGCUCCUACGAGGGGGACCGGGACGAUGGGGCCCAGGGGCGGGCCCAGGACUUCCACCACCAGGGAGGGGCCUCCUCGGCCAUGGGGCUCCUGAGGCCCUCGUCCACGCAGGAGCAGCAGGAGCAGGAGGGUGCCAAUGUGAAGAGAAUGAGACUGGACACUUGGGUAACAUAGAUGUGUAGAACAAGGGAGUGAAAGGGAGAGAUGCCCCCCUCUCUCUCACCCCCCCCCCCCCCCACCCCACACCUAUUUACCGUAUGUACAGUAAAUGCUGACCUCCACACAUGCCUCCACCACACACAAACACACACACGUGCACCGGACACGCACAUUUGCGCAUGCUCUUACACACUUUCUCUCACAAAUGUAUGCAUUGACGUACAAGCUGCAUACUGUUUUACCCUAUAUUGUACUACACACACACACAUAUUCUCACACAUGCACCCUCUAUAGGGGCAGAGUAACCGAACCAGGGAUUACAUGUCAACAUAGUGUGUUGGACAAGAUUAGGAUUAGAAUGAGUUCUCUUUUGUUCAAACUGGCUCUGUCUCCUUUUCGUUUUGAAGGGAGAGAGAGCGUCUAGAAAACUGACUGACUAUUGACUGACUAUUGGCUUUGCUGGGUUUUCUUUUUACCCUCUACAUCACAUAAUACACAUCUGGUAUCCUCCUGUCAUUUAUCCACAGUAGGUCUCUAGUCCAGCUGCACUGCUCUGUUGAGAAACAGUAUGACAACCAAAAUGAAUCCACUUCUUUGUAUCUGCCCAGUGGUACUGUUAUAUCCAGCUUUUGGUGUUUUUGUAAAGAGUAUGAGAUUGGUGAAUGAGAUUUAAAUGGUUUUGUUGGAAUAUUACGUACUCUCUCUGUCUGACUUGUCCAUCAGCCAUCUUUACAUUUCUAUAAACAUUUCUAAUUUAGAUUUAAGAACCCAAAAUUCACCAUUUGAUAAGACAGGAUUCACUGUUCUAAAGUGGACGAUCCUUGUUUUGUUUAGUUUUAGCCAGGUAUUUAAUCAGAACCAUGCAAAAAGCUGUUUAAUCUGAAACAUCGAUACCUUGUCUAGGUCAAAUACUGUUUUAUCAGGGAUGGGCUGCACUAGCUCUAUGACACAUGCUACAGAUACCUACAGAUCAACUUCAGAUUCUACGUGUGUGUUCAUGUUUUUGAUAUUUAUUUCAAAUGCUCUUUUUGUGUAAAGUUUUUUUGUUACUACCUUUGACUUUUUUUGAUUUUUCCACGCUCAAAUCCAUCCGCACUCACACACAAAAAGUAUUUUUGUUAAACAAUGCCAGUGUUUCAGAAGGCUCUGAAUAAGAGAUGUAAACUGGGAGAAAAAGCAAAGAACUGUGUAUAUAAGCAAUUUGUUCUGUUUCCUUCUGUAUGGCUUUUAUAUAGCAGGGAUAUUGUUUUUUUGU